AUGGGAUGCUGUCUUUCAAGGAGUGAACCAAAAAAAGAAGAGAAAGAAAAUAAAAAGUCUUCUAAGAGCAAGCAAAGAUCUCAAACGAAAGAGCCAUCUUUAAAGCUUUCCGCUCAACCGUCAAUUGAAGGGUCAAUUGCUUUAAAUAGCAAAACUGAAAAGAAGCUUAUGCAGAACUUCAAAAUCCUUAAAACGUAUAAAAAGAGACCAAACGGAUCAAUCUACCUUGCGAAAGAAAAAACUACAAAUAAAUUCAAAAUUAUAAAGGAGUACCACAAGUCUAAUUCAGAGGAAAGUAAAAAAGUUUUCGAUGAAAUUCUGACACUCCAAGAGCUUGAUCAUCCAAAUAUUGUCAAAAUUUUUGAAGUGGUUAACACCAAAAAUAAAAUUUAUGUCAUAAGAGAAUAUUGUCCAGGCGGUGAACUGUUUGAUAAAAUAAUUCAAUCGCAGCAAAUAAGUGAAAACCAGGCAGCAAAGUACAUGCAUGAUAUUUUAGACGUUGUAAAAUACUGUCACAGUAAAGGAGUUAUUCAUCGCGAUUUGAAUCCUGCACAUUUACUAUUAGAUUCCAAAAAUGAUGAUGCUAAUCUCAAGGUUGCUAACUUUGGUUUGUCAGGAACAUUUACAGAAGAUACGAAAUUAAAAAGAAGUGUUGGAGAUGUAACUUAUAUAUAGACUUGCUAUAUGGCUCCAGAAAUAUUUGAAGGCGAGUAUAGUAAAGAAGUCGAUGUCUGAAGCUGCGGAGUUAUUUUAUGUACUUUAAUACUAGGAAGACCCCCAUUUCAUGGCAAGACCCGUGAAAAAAUCAUAAAAUCUAUAAAUGAUGGCCUAAAUCUUUCAACGGGUAUCUGACUCCAAGUAUCUGAUGAUCUGAAAGACCUUAUAUCCAAAAUGUUAGAAAAAAAUCCUAACUCCCCAGUGAGUGGACAAAACCAUUAGAAAAAUCCCUAUUUUUUGCCCAAAAACCCACCUCUGUGAGCGAACAAAAAUUUUGAUAUAUAAGUGAUAAUUAAUAUAAUGAAAUCUCGAGCUAAUUCUGUUUAAUUUUAAACAAAUUGCUUUUUUAAAACAUAAAAUUUUAUAAAUUAAAUUAAUAUUUACUUUCCAAUUUUUGCAAAUUAGGAUGUUUUUAAAUUUCGAAAAAAACAAUUUUUUGAUAAAAUUUAUAUAUAAAUUUUUUUGUUCACUUACGGGAGGGGGAGUAAAAAACGAAUUUCAGCAAAAGACGCACUUAGCCACUCUUGGAUUGAGUCUAGAUCAUCUAACAGCGUUCCUGACAAAGCGAUUUCUGGUGAGGCUUUAUCUCGCUUAUCCAAGUUUACUGUAUUUUCUAUUUAGGUCAGAUCAAAAAUUGAGCAAUCUAUCCUGAAUUUUAUUUCCUACCAAACAACUUCUUCCAGAGAAGAAAAAGAACUUAUACAAUUAUUUAAAUCAAUUGAUAUAGCUCAUACCCUAUAUAGAUUUCUUUAUCGAGCAAAAUGUCCUGGCCUCUUGAACGAGCAAAACAGACUCUCUCAAAGAGAUGUGCUCAAUCUCUAUAUCAGUAAGUGGUAAAAAGUGCCAUGUCAAAAAAUGGUAGCAAGCGUGAAAAAAGUUGACAAGUAAACGCGCCGAUUUUAAAAAUGGCUUUAUUAUUAAAUUAAUUUAAAAUUUAAGAUACUCAAUUAGACUGAGAGCACCCAAUCAAUAAGGUUUCUGAUAUAAACCUAAUCAAACACCAAAUAUAGCAUUUCAUUUUUAGACAUCUUGGAGAGAAAUGAUGAAAUCAUAAAUAUCUGCGACUUUCAUACCUCAAAAAAAACUCAAAAGUGCGACUCCCCCCUUUAACCCAUCAAUGAUCUCCAAGAGUUCUUGCUUCAGUUGAUACAUCUCUCAAAAUCUCCAAUAAUUUUUGGACUUAUGCUCGAUGCAAGAUGUCAUCAUGAUGGCGUCGUCCAGUUAGAGAAACUGAUGUGAGUAAUGCCUAAAAAACAUUCAAAACUGCGAUUCCCCCCGUUAGCUCAUCAAAGGUCUCCAAGAGUUAUUUCUUCAGUUGAGACAUCUCUCAAAAUCUCCAAUAAUUUUUUGACUUAUUCUCGAUGCAAGAUGUCAUCAAGAUGGCAUCUAGUAUUGUGGAACUGACUUGAAAUAGUCUAUAGAUAAAUAUUCAAAAGUGCGACUCCCCCCAUUAACCCAUCAAAGGUCUCCAAGAGUUAUUGCUUCAGUUGAGAUAUCUCUCACAAUCUCCAAUAAUUUUUGGACUUAUGCUUGAUUCAAGAUGGCAACCAGUAUUGUGGAACUGACUUGAAAAAGUUUAUAGAGAAAAAUUCAAAAGUGCGAUUCCCCCCAUUAACCCAUCAAAGGGCUCCAAGAAUUCUUGCUUCAGUUGAGACAUCUCUCAAAAUCUCCAAUAAUUUGUUGACUUAUGCUUGAUAUAAGGUGUCAUCAAGAUGGUGUCCAGUAUAGAAAAACUGACAUGAAUAUUACCUAAAGAAAAAUUGAAAAGUGCGACUCCCCCCUUUAACCCAUCAAUGGUCUCCACUAGUUAUUUCUUCGGUUGAGACAUCUCUCAAAAUCUCCAAUAAUUUUUUAGACUUAUUCUUGAUUCAAGAUGGUGUCGUCCAGUAUGGAGAAACUGACAUGAAAUAGUUAUAGAGAAAAAUUCAAAAGUGCGACUCCCCCCUUUAACCAAUCAAAGGUUUCCAAGAGUUCUUGCUUCAGUUGAGACAUCUCUCAAAAUCUCCAAUAAUUUUUGGACUUAUGCUUGAUACAAGAUGUCGUCCAGUAUAGAGAAACUGGUAUGAAUAGUUUAUAGAGAAAAAUUAAAAAGUGCGGCUCCCCCCUUUAAACCAUCAAAGGUCUCCAAGAGUUAUUGCUUCGGUUGAAACAUCUCUCAAAAAUCUCCAAUAAUGUUUAGACUUAUGCUUGAUUUAAGAUGGCGUCCAGUAUUGAGAAACUGACAUGAAAUAGUUAUAGAGAAAAAUUCAAAAGUGCGAUUCCCCCCUUUAACCCAUCAAAGGUCUCCAAGAGUUCUUACUUCAGUUGAUACGUCUCUCAAAGUCUCCAAUAAUUUUUGGACUUAUGCUUAAUACAAGAUGUCAUCAAUAUGGCGCCCAGUAUGUAGAAACUGACUUGAAAUGGUCUAUAGAAAAAAUUCAAAAGUGUGACUCCCCCCGUUAACCUAUCAAAGGUCUCCACUAGUUAUUUCUUCGGUUGAGACAUCUCUAAAAAUCUCCCAAUAAUUUUUAGACUUAUUCUUGAUACAAGAUGGCUUCCAGUAUGGAGAAGCUGAGAAUGGCAUCUAGUUUUAUUCAUACAUUUUAUAUGUAUCAUUAUUAUUUAUGUAUUUAUUAUUAUCAUUAUUCUUAAUUUAUAAGACCUUUUAAACAUUGGCGCGUUACUUGCCAACUUUUUUCUCACUUGUCACCAUUUUUUGACACGUCACUUUUUAGCACUUACUGAUAUAGAGAUUGAGAUCAUCUCUUUGAGAGAGUCUGUUUUGCUCGUUCAAAAUGCCUGGACAUUUUGCUCGAUAUAGAAAACUAUAAAGGGGCAUGAGCUAUAUUAACGGUGAUGGUAAAUUAAGCUCCGACGAAGUCCAAAAAGCUUUAAAAAAACUCCAAGUAGGUUCAAAAGAAGAAAUUUCAUCAAUUAUGAAAAGUUGUGAUAAAGACGGCAGUGGAUUUAUAGAAUAUUCAGAAUUUGUGACUGGAGUAUCUCGAUGGAAUAAAAAAUUCCAAGAAAACCAGCUGAGAGAUAUUUUCAAAAUGUACGAUACUGAUGGAGAUGGACUGCUGUCAAUUGGAGAACUUGAAGGAUGUAUACCUGGCAUUGAAGGAAGCGAAUGGGAAAACUUCUUCAGGCAGGCUGAUGCAAAUCAAGAUGGGUUGAUUAGCGUUGACGAGCUAAAAGCAUAUUUCCAAGCUAAAUUUAGUAAUUAA